AUGACCGAGCUCAAGGCCCGCACCGAGGGCUGCGAAGCGAGUAUCAAGGCCAACGGCGCAGCCAUCGACGCCACCAACGCUGGCAUGGCCCGUUUGGCCGACGCCCUCCGCAAAGAAUUGGCCAGCGCCCUGGACUCAAUGGCCACCAAGGAAGAGUUGCGGGCCGUUCAAAACCAGGUCGAAGCUCUGAAGCGUCGCGUGGAUACCUUUGACGAGCGCUUUGAAACCAUGGAGAACCAACUUGCUACCGUUGAGCGAGGCAUCGCCCAAGUCAACCGCCGUAUCGAUGCCAGCGACGAACGACUUGAGCGGGGCCUCCAGCAGAUUGCGGCCAUGCGCACCGAUCUGGAGCGCCAGACCCGCGAGCUUGAAAACGCCAUGGAUCAGCUGGCAGCGAUGGCCGCCAGCAAGGCCGAGCGAGAAGAGGUGGCCGAUGUUUUGCGGCAGGUUGUAAGUUUACGUGCUGCUGUCGAUGCAAUCGACCUGCGGACCCUCAACGAGCGCAUUGAUCUGAUGGACGAGCGCUGCGACAAGCUCGAUGAUGCCCAGAUUGAGAUUCGUCGCGAGGUGCAAGUAUGGCAGCAGGACAUGGAGGAUUUGCAGCUGGAGAAGCAGAUUGAGACGUUGCGUCGGGAGCUGGCCGAGGCCAAGACAGGCGUUUUUGUCAAGGCUACUGCUCGGAUGGACAAUAUGCAAAAGGAGACGGAGGACCUGCGCGCUCACCUGGUCAACGCGCAAGGCCAGAUCCAGCUGAAUCGUGAAAACAUUGAGGAGCUGGAAGAGCUGGCUCGCGAGGGUCAUACAAACCACAUCCCGGCCGGGCCCCAAAAGGCAGGCACACGUGCUUUGUUUGAUCAGCUGCAGGGAGAUAUUGCCCGCCUUGAGUUGCGAUAUUCCGAGGCAGCCAAGCGUGAAGCCCAGGGCUUGGGUCGUGCCGAAGAGACAGCUCAACAUCUCGAGAUGCUUCGUGUCAAGCUCGACGAGCUGGCCCAAGCCAAAGCCGACCGUGAAACUGUGGAGCGGGCGCUGCUCAUCAAGGCCGACAAGGAAACGCUUGCCCGCGACACAGCGCGCAACCUGCGUGCCGUGGACGAAGCCCUCCUGGCCAUGAACCAAGGCACGCAGGGAGUCCAACGCCUUUUGGAACGUCAAGAAGGUGCCAUGGCCUCUCUUAACGCCCAGCUUGCCACCAAAUCAGACCGCGAGGAAGUGGAUCGCAUCAAACAACGCCUGGCCCAGACACAUGCCAAUCUCAGUGCUGAAGAGCUUCAACAGCGCGCCGAGGCCGAGUACAGCGCUCUGCUGCCCGAUGAUGGUUCCGCCGCGGGCUUUCGCCGGCCCCUUGAACCCUAUAGCUGCAUCAGCUGCAACCGACCACUUCGAUCCCCUCAACCUGCUCCCCCCGUCCCCUUGUUGGAAGGGCGUUUGUCCGCAUUACGCCGAUCUACCAACAGUCGGCCCACCUUGUCCAAUGGCACAUCCAAGACGGCUGCUGAGGUUUCAGCUGAAUCCACGCGCACGCUACGCAACCCCAACGCUACGUACACUGCCCCGCGAUAUUUGCAAAAUAAAAGUCGUUCAGCUUUGGCCCCAACGAGUGACAGCGAAGACACGGCGCCCGAGUAG